AUGGCCCGACUGCAAAUCUCAGAAGAGGCUGAUGACCUAUCCAAAUCGGGACAUAUUUGGCAAAAUGAUUUUGCAACCUGGGAUCCAGAUGACUUCUGUGGAAUUAAGAGCCUGUACAUUCCUAGCGAUUACUUUUGGCAGCCAGUUGUCUACAUCUAUGAAAUGGUUGAAAGUGACAAUAGUUCUCCAGUUAUUUCUUAUUACUACCUGAACAAGGAAGGAGAAACUAUCAGCUCUAUGCCACUACGAGUUGUCAGUACAUGUAAUUUGAACUUGUUUAAGUUCCCCUUUGACAUCCAGACCUGCAGACUAACCUUUGGUUCAUAUGUUUACUCAGUUACAGAUUUGAUUAUGUUGCCAAUCUCCAACUCAUCCCAAGUCAAUAAGAAAUCACAAGAAGCGUUUGCUAGCAAAGGAGACUGGAAGCUGAUCAGCGUCACCGUGUAUAAUCAGACACUGGGGUUUUCCAGCAAAGGAUACAGCCAAGUCAUAUAUGAGAUUACCAUACAAAGACAGCCCAUCAUCUACCUAAUUAACCUCAUCAUCCCAGCCUGUUUCUUCGUUUUCCUGGACAUCGCCAGUAUGCUCAUUAAUUCAUAUGGGGACAAACUUGCCUUCAAAAUCAACAUAAUCUUGGGGUUCUCCGUGCUUCUGCUGAUCCUGAAUAACAUUUUGCCUGAAUCUGAUAUUACUCCAAUGUUAGGUAUUUUCUACUGUACGUGUCUGGCUCUGAUGGUCCUCAGUAUUAUUGGAACGAUCUGUUCUUCCUACAUGCUGGAGCAGUCUGCCAACCUGCCACAUGUUCCGCCAUGGAUAAAGACUCUUGUCCUGCACUAUUUAGCAUAUAUGUUGUGCUUCAGCAGAAAUUUCUACACAAAAGAACAGGUCACUGAUGGAGCUUUGGACAAAGGUUGGCUAUUCGCAGAAGUAUAUAAUUUAGACACAGGUAGGCCCAAAGCUCAGGGGAGGGACUCGCAGAAGAAGGUAAAGGACAACCCAGAAGUUAAGCUGCUGAAAAUGCUUCUGUACGAAAUCCUGAAGAUCCACCAGGAGUUAACCCGUGCUAAGAACGAGGAAGAAGCCAAGUCAGAAUGGUCUAAAGUGAUGCUUGUCAUUGAUCGUCUGAUUCUUAUCUUGUAUUUCAUGACGGUCACUGCAGUAUUUAUUAUUAUGAUUGUUGUUUGGUCUAUGUGAACUGUAUUUCACAAACGUGACUUGGUUAUUGCCUGGUGUGUGUGCAUACAAUCAGGUCUUUAAUAUUAAUUUGUUUACAUGUAUGCUCAUAAGAAUGUGCAACUGUGUGUAUUAGUGACGUCCAAUCCUUGUGUGGUCACGUGUGAGGUUCCAUUAUUAAAGACCAUCCAUCUCUGCUACCCGACAUAGAACUUUGCCAAGCAUGAGGCAAAGAGAGGGCAGAACCCCAGCCAGGCAACCCCCUGAUUACUGGAUAAUAU